CCGGGCUGUGCCUCGGGCGGCACGGAGCGCGCCCGCCCCCGCAGACUUGACUUGGAUCUUCUGUCUAAUAAACAAACAUGAGUCAUCUGAAAUUGUUUGCGGCUACGCUGAAGUGUCAUGGCAUUAAACUUCUGGAAAAGCACGAUAUAGCCAGAAGAGUAUUUUUACAUGGCCAACGGUAUGUUUCGUCAGGAACCUCAGAACCAUUCCUGAGUGGGAGUAAUUCCAAUUAUGUGGAGGAAAUGUAUUAUGCAUGGCUUGAAAACCCCAAAAGUGUACAUAAGUCCUGGGAUUUGUUUUUCCGAAAUGCAAAUGCUGGCCAAGCAUAUGAUCCCCAUCUACCAGAUCAACUGGAAGGAAAGGCAUCAUUUCUUCAGAGCCAUGGCCUGGCCCAGACACCGGGUAAAGCAGAAAAACUUGUUGAAGAUCACCUUGCUGUGCAGUCUUUGAUUAGAGCAUACCAAAUCCGUGGCCAUCAUGUGGCUCAGCUGGAUCCCCUUGGAAUUCUGGAUGCAGACUUGGAUUCGUUUGUUCCCUCUGACUUAAUCACCACAAUCGAUAAACUCGGGUUUUAUGGUUUGCAUGAAUCAGAUUUGGACAAAGUCUUUCAGCUACCUACAACCACCUUCAUAGGAGGAAAUGAGAACAGUCUUUCUUUACGAGAGAUCAUCAAACGACUGGAGAAUACCUACUGCCAACAUAUUGGCUUGGAAUUUAUGUUCAUCAAUGACGUGGAGCAGUGCCAGUGGAUCCGGCAGAAGUUUGAGACGCCGGGAGUCAUGAAGUUUACUAAUGACGAAAAAAGGACUUUGUUGGCAAGGCUGGUGCGCUCAAUGAGGUUUGAAGACUUCCUUGCUCGCAAGUGGUCUUCCGAGAAGAGAUUUGGUUUGGAAGGAUGUGAAGUUAUGAUUCCUGCACUUAAGACCAUCAUUGAUAAAUCCAGUGAAAUGGGAAUUGAAUAUGUGAUAAUGGGGAUGCCUCACAGAGGUAGACUGAAUGUAUUGGCUAAUGUAAUCCGAAAAGAGCUGGAGCAGAUCUUCUGUCAAUUUGAUCCCAAACUUGAAGCAGCUGAUGAGGGAUCUGGAGACGUAAAAUACCACUUGGGAAUGUACCAUGAGAGGAUCAACCGAGCAACGAACAAGAAAAUCACUCUGUCCCUGAUGGCUAACCCUUCUCACUUGGAAGCAGUUGAUCCUGUUGUGCAAGGCAAAACCAAAGCUGAACAGUUUUAUCGAGGUGACACAGCAGGAAAAAAGGUUAUGUCCAUAUUAUUACAUGGGGAUGCUGCCUUUGCAGGACAAGGAGUGGUUUAUGAGACAUUUCAUCUUAGUGACCUCCCAUCCUACACCACAAAUGGCACUAUUCAUGUUGUGGUCAACAACCAGAUUGGCUUCACGACGGACCCCCGUAUGGCCCGUUCUUCUCCAUAUCCUACUGAUGUUGCUCGUGUGGUCAACGCUCCCAUUUUUCAUGUGAAUGCUGAUGACCCUGAAGCAGUGAUGUAUGUGUGCAAUGUAGCUGCAGAGUGGCGAAACACAUUCAAUAAAGAUGUGGUAGUUGAUUUGGUUUGUUACCGUAGGAGAGGGCACAACGAAAUGGAUGAACCGAUGUUCACUCAGCCUCUCAUGUACAAGCAGAUUCACAAGCAGGUGCCGGUGCUGAAGAAGUACGCUGACAAACUCAUUGCAGAUGGGACUGUAACACUGCAGGAGUUUGAGGAAGAAAUUGCCAAGUAUGAUAGAAUAUGUGAAGAAGCAUAUACUAGAUCUAAGGAUAAUAAGAUCCUGCAUAUCAAGCACUGGCUUGAUUCACCUUGGCCUGGAUUCUUUAACGUGGAUGGAGAACCCAAGAGCAUGUCUUGUCCUCCAACUGGCAUUUCAGAAGACAUGCUGACUCACAUUGGCAAUGUAGCUAGCUCAGUGCCAGUCAAAGACUUCAAAAUACAUGCAGGACUGUCUCGGAUUUUGAGAGCCCGCUUGGAAAUGACCAAGAACAGGGUGGUUGACUGGGCUUUAGCAGAAUACAUGGCUUUCGGUUCUUUCCUGAAAGAAGGGAUCCACGUCCGACUAAGUGGACAGGAUGUGGAAAGGGGUACUUUUAGCCAUCGUCAUCACGUGCUUCACGAUCAAGAAGUUGACAAGAGAACGUGUGUUCCCAUGAAUCACCUCUGGGAGCAGCAGGCCCCCUACACUGUGUGCAACAGCUCUCUUUCCGAAUAUGGUGUCUUAGGUUUUGAGCUUGGCUUUGCCAUGGCGAGUCCCAACGCGUUGGUGUGCUGGGAGGCCCAGUUUGGUGACUUCCACAACACGGCUCAGUGCAUCAUAGACCAGUUCAUCAGCUCCGGCCAGGCCAAGUGGGUCCGGCACAACGGCAUCGUCCUGCUCUUGCCACAUGGCAUGGAGGGAAUGGGUCCAGAGCAUUCAUCAGCCAGGCCUGAGAGGUUUCUGCAGAUGAGCAACGACGAUUCUGAUGCUUAUCCAGAGUUCUCUCAGGAGCAGUUUGAAGUUUCCCAGCUGUAUGAAUGCAACUGGAUUGUGGUGAAUUGUUCAACUCCAGCCAAUUACUUUCACGUGCUCAGAAGACAGAUUUUGCUGCCGUUCAGAAAACCGCUGAUUGUUUUGACACCCAAGUCACUGCUGAGGCAUCCAGAAGCUAAAUCCAGUUUUGAUGAAAUGGUGUCUGGUACCACUUUCCAACGUGUGAUUCCUGAGAAUGGGCUGGCAGCUCAUGCACCACAGGAGGUCAAGCGAGUGAUUUUCUGCACAGGGAAAGUCUACUAUGAUCUUGUGAAAGAGAGAAAGAAUCAAGACCUGGAGAAACAAGUAGCUAUAACCAGACUUGAACAGAUCUCACCAUUCCCCUUUGACUUGCUGAAAGAAGAGCUUGAGAAGUAUCCAGGUGCUGAUCUAGUUUGGUGUCAGGAGGAACACAAAAACAGUGGAUAUUACGAUUAUGUCAAACCUCGUUUCCGCACAAUUGUGAACCACACUCGACCUAUAUGGUAUGUUGGUCGAGAGCCUGCUGCUGCAGCUGCCACAGGCAACAAGAACACGCAUCUGGUGUCGCUCCGGAGGUUCCUGGAUACAGCUUUCAACCUGGAGGCCUUCGAGGGAAAGACCUUCUAACUGCAUACUAACCCAUCUCUGACUAGUAGCCUCUCAAAUCACUGCAUCUAAAAGAUGAAAUGAAAAUGAGAAAAAUAAAAAACCAAAAAAAUUAUGUAUUUUUGCUUUACCAGAUAAAGGAUCCAGCAGCUGACUUCAUUAAUCUGCACCUUGCUCCCUAGUUUGUAAGGAAAAAAUCAUCCAGCUCACCUUCCACUGGUUUUUUUGCCACUUGUCUAUGUAGAUUGGGACCUUCUUGGCACAAGUAGAGUUUCCUAUCCAAGGAUGCAAUGUCUUGCUCAGUAAGGCUCCAGUCUCAGUCUGUGGGCACUGUCUAAUUACUGUAAAUAGAGCAGGCAGGGACAGCAUGAUGAUUAUGCACAUCCCUGAAAAAGAAGAGAGUGUUUGGGAGCUAUGAAGGAAACAAGAUGCAUUGUUACAAGGAAAAUGGUUGCCAGUUUUUUCUAGGUGUAUUGGAGAGGAGUAAGGAAACUGAAAAGGAGAGAGUUGAUAGAUGACUUUUGUAGAGAACGUAUUGACCAUGGUUGUUGGAAGGAGAUGGUAAGGUAGCCUGGUGGUGUGAGAAGGCUGGAAACAGGGAGUCAGAUUACAAAGUUGCUAAACUAUGGGUGAAGACAAAAGUACUAUGGACCACUUCAGUCUUAGGUGGAGGAGGGUGAUGAAGGCAGAAAUCAUAGAAUUUGGGGGAAACUGAGAAGGGAAGAAGUCUACACAAGACCAGCACUACAGAACAGUGAGUGAUCAGCAGAAGAAUUCAGCAACAGUUGACUUCAAAAGUAAGAGGUGACACCACUAAUUGCUCCUACUCCCUAGGCUGUCUGCUUUGAUGCUCUGUGCUGUUAGGGAACUGUGGGAUCCUGUGAACAUCCUGAUUUUGGAUAAACUCUCUCUCCUUCACAAAGCUACUAGGAUCUGCUUUUCUUUGACCUGAUAGCACCCAUGAAAAGAUUGUGUCUGUGUUUGUGCAACAAGUAGUGGGUUCUCUGCUUUGCCCAGUGCUAACCCCGCCUCACAUCUCCUUGCUGAUGUUAAUUUGACUCUAAAGUGGCAAUUCCUGAUUUAGUCACUCUUUUUUUAUGUUAAGAAGAAGGUGGGCAAGCAACAAGUGCUGACUGACCAGAGGCACAUGCUGUGGUUUUGUACAAGUACCGAUUGAUUUAUUUUGUCCCUUGUGUUGUCAAUUAGGAUAUCAAUUGCCAUAUACCUUCAGUAUGGGCAUAAAAGUGAGCUGCCUGGAGCUGGCUCUGCAAGGCACUGAUGUACAGCAGGAGCUGGAGGGGAGAGAACAGCAGAGGUGGUUUCUUUUCCCAGGAGGCUGCAUUGAGGGGUGGGCUCAGAGAGCUGCUGCUGGGAGGCAGGUGGGCACCCCCUUCCUCUCACCUGUUCCUGUUACCUCUGCCCCAGGAGAAUUUGGAUCUGGGUGUAUCUUGUGACUGCAGGUUUGUGCAAUGCUAGACUAUGUAGUGGCAGACUUCUCCCCUUCUUUCUGCUGGCUGGCAGAGGCAACUGCUCCAGUGACGGGAUGGGGGUGCAGAGGAACGGCCAUGCCUGUGGUGUAGCUGGAAGCUGCAGCUUCACUGCACAAGGGCCCUGAGUCCCUGCAGUGCAGGGAGGGCUGUGCUGGAUCUGCUGAGCAGCUACUCUGAUCCUUCAGGACAAGUGACUGAAAAACAUGCAGGUGAGACUUCACCUCCAUCUCCAGUUCCCUGUCCUGAGCGUGCUCCUGGGACGUACUUAUAUUCCAGGCAGGAAGUUUUACCCUGCUCUAUCAGCUGUGGCAUAGUAAGGCUUGACAGUUUGUGCCUGAGCCAAAGAGUCAGAUGAUGCUGGAAAGCUACUUGUCACAUCAGAAUAAAAAGCUAUAUUAAAAACCUUUAGUAUGAUCAGGUACUACUUGUCCAAGCAGGUUACACAAAGGGGAUGUGUGCUUUAUGCUGUCCCUUUGGCCUGGAGAAAACAUGAUUAAUCCUGUCAGAGCAUAAAAUUGAUUUGGUAAGGUACUUAUUGUGGGAUCCAGAACCAAACUUAGUCUAAUGUUCAUGAAACUCAGUAGCAUCUUUUUAAAUCAGGUCGGCUGCCUUGGGCUUUUUCUCUCAUUGAAACACUGAAGCUAAUUGGGUCUUUUGAAACCUAAUGAACUUGGAAAUUAUUGCAGUUGACAGCAGCGAAUAUUGUCUCCUGUCCGUUUCUGUAGCUGAUAGGCAAUAACCAUCACCCAGAGUAUUUUAAUGCUUUUUGGAAUGCUUGUUUCUGUGGCAAGAAUUG